CCCACUUGCUGCCUCGGACGCGCGGCGAGGCGGCCGCCGCCGGAGGAGCCCCCGCCCCUGCGCGCCUCCCUCCGCGGAGCCGGGCCCCUGCCUCCCUCCGUGCGCGCAGCUGCUCGCGGCCGCCGCGGCCGCCGAAGAGGAGCCCGGGGCCAGUCUGUUUCCAGGUCUGGCGCGGGGCCGGGCGGCGGUGGCAGCGGUGGCGGCGGCGGCGGGAGAUGCCCGGGCGGCCAGCGGACGUCCAUGUGGCGCGCUAGGUGGGACCCCGGCGUCCUGAAGGCAGAGGCCCUGGCCCUCCUGCCCUGCGGCCUGGGCAUGGCGUUCUCCCAGUCCCACGUGAUGGCUGCCCGGAGGCACCAGCACAGCCGGCUCAUCAUCGAGGUGGACGAGUACAGCUCCAACCCCACCCAGGCCUUCACCUUCUACAACAUCAACCAGGGCCGCUUCCAGCCUCCGCACGUGCAGAUGGUGGACCCGGUGCCUCAUGACGCCCCCAAGCCACCUGGCUACACCCGCUUCGUCUGUGUGUCUGACACCCACUCAAGGACGGACCCCAUCCAGAUGCCCUACGGCGACGUGCUCAUCCACGCCGGGGACUUCACAGAGCUGGGGCUCCCGAGCGAGGUGAAAAAGUUCAACGAGUGGCUUGGCAGCCUGCCCUACGAGUACAAGAUCGUGAUCGCCGGCAACCACGAGCUGACCUUCGACCAGGAGUUCAUGGCCGACCUCAUCAAGCAGGACUUUUACUACUUCCCGUCCGUGUCGAAGCUGAAGCCCGAGAACUACGAGAACGUGCAGUCCCUGCUGACCAACUGCAUCUACCUGCAGGACUCGGAGGUCACCGUGCGCGGCUUCCGCAUCUACGGCUCCCCGUGGCAGCCCUGGUUUUAUGGCUGGGGCUUUAACCUCCCACGAGGCCAAGCGCUGCUGGAGAAGUGGAACCUCAUUCCCGAAGGCGUGGACAUCCUGAUAACCCACGGGCCACCACUGGGCUUCCUAGACUGGGUCCCGAAGAAGAUGCAGCGGGUGGGCUGCGUGGAGCUGCUCAACACGGUGCAGAGGCGUGUCCAGCCGCGGCUGCACGUCUUCGGUCACAUCCAUGAAGGGUAUGGUGUCAUGGCGGAUGGGACGACCACCUAUGUGAACGCGUCCGUGUGCACCGUGAACUACCAGCCCGUGAAUCCCCCCAUAGUCAUCGACCUCCCCACACCCCGGAACUCCUGACUGCCCCUGUGCCCCAGCCCUUCCCGCCCACAGCAGCUCCAUAUGCCUGGCCAAGAGCACGGACCCCCAGCCACCCUUCCUUCCAUGCAGACAACCCAUCCGGCUGUGGGCACCAGCCCAGCAGAUGGGUUGAGGCCUUGGAAUGAAGAAGAUCACCUCUGACUCUUCAGCCUUCUGUCACCUGGAGCUGGGACCCUGCAGGUCCCUGUCAGGGGCUCUGUGCUCAUUACUGUUUUCUGCGUGUACAUUCCGUGUGUGCCUCAUUAGAGGACCUGACAAGCGCGUGGCCCCGUCCUGCUCGGGAAGAGACUGAAUCUUCAUCCUUCCAGUUGGACACCCUCGUGGGUUUGGGAAGGCCCUGCUCUUGGACUGAUUUUGGGAGUUCUUGCACAAAAUCUCCCUCUAACCAACGGUCUGUGUGGCUGCAAGCCCAGGGUUGGGGGGCGGGGGUGGGAGGUUUUUGUAGGCUGGAUGCAGACAGCCCUUGCCCUCCUCCUGGGCUGGAGAGGAGAGGGCCUGCCUCGCGGCGGGGGCCUCAGAGGGAGCGGUCAGGGACAUCUCAGGAAUUCGGACUGCACCUGGCCGGGCCGACAGGCCGUUGCUCCCCCGUUUUCUUCCUGUGAGUGUUUUCGCUGACUUGAACAGUGAGGUGGCCUGAGCAUCCCAGAUGGCUCAGAGCCUGGAUUUGGGGGGUUGAGUGCCCAGGACUAGGUGAAGGGUUCCCAAGUUGUGGAUGACCCCUGGUCCCAUGGGGGCUGCGCUGCUCUGCAGAACUCAACAGCCCGGAGGGUCGCAGGCCGAGGCAGCCCUGCCACAUGUCUGCGCCCAUGUGGGCGUGCACACAC